AUGGGUGUGUUGCUUGUUAUGAAUUUGGUUGUUUUAAUCUCUGCGGCAGUGGAUCUAUAUUAUGUGAAGUUUACAGGUACUCCUCAUGGAUCGGAUGUCUUAUAUCACAUGUGUAAGUUUGUCAGGACUGUGCUUUUGUUCACCUUAAUCGUGCUGAUUGGUAAUGGAUACUGUUUCUGGAAGCCAUUUUUGGAAGUAAAGGAAAAGUUGGUUUUGAUGAUUGUGAUCCUACUUCAGGUUUGGGCUAAUGUGUAUGCUAUAUUUGAAUGGAAAGCCGGACCUUAUAAUAAUGAAGAGGACGUCGUUGAUUCUCUAAGUAUAGAUUUCAUCUGUUGCUUUAUUAUUUUCGUCCCAAUAUGGUUUUCGGUUAUCUGGUUUAAUAAGGAUAAUCAUGAGACUGAUGGCAAUGAUGUUAUGAAUAGGGUAAGGCUGUGUCUAUUUGGGUUUGCGGUUUUUGCAUACGUGUUCUUUACGAGGUUUUUGAUGGUUGCAUUUUUGAUACCAUCGAAUCAUGGGGUACAGGAAAUAAGCCUUCUUGUGUUAUGUAUGGUGGUGUUUUACAUUUUCCGGCCAUCUGAUGAGGAUUGUGAUGGCAAAGCAGUCGAGAUGGCUGCAUGGAAAUCGGACAUACCUUCUCUUUGUUAUGCCGUUGUUGCUACUGUUUAG